AUGUGCAUCAAGAACGCGUGAUUAUCAAUUUAGAUACUCCUAUUAGCUUUCCCAGUUCAUUUUUUUUUUUCCUUUUUCUUCAUUUAACUUUUGAAAAUAUGACCGUACCUGAAAAUCCCUCCAAAGCACUUGAAGCCCAGUUAGCCCACCGACCUGAUGUCCAGGAUUUGGUUGAUAGAAAUAUUAUGAAAGACCCUAAAGUCGCACCAGCAAUCCAGCAACAUCGUGACGAGCUGGAAAAACGCAAAAUUGAAGAUGCUCUUCGUCAUAAAAUUGAUCAUAGACCAACAGCUGAGGCCCUUGUUGAGCAAAAUAUCUUGAAAGACACAAAAGUUGCACCUGCUCUUCAAAGAAAUCAGGUAGAGUUGGAAAGAAGCUUAUUGCAGGAUGCCUUGGAGCAUAAGAUCCAGGAAAGACCUGACACUUCCGAGCUUAUCGAAAAGGGAAUUUUAACAGAGGAUGAAGUUCCUAAAUAAAGAAACGCAAUUUGAUGACGCUUGCUCUGUCCAUUAUUCCCACGCUCUUUUGAAUCUUUCUUAUAAGUGUGUGUGUGUACUGCAAAUUAAAUUUUAAACAUUCAAAAUAAACACCUUUAAAAUAAACUUGACGACUAUCUUUUUCUUUUCUUCUUCUUCUUUACUUUAUUUAUUUUCGGAUCAAAUGAUUUCUAGAAUCCUUC